AUGAAGCUAUCGAACGCCUUCUCUCUCCUCUGGGAUCUGCUAGCAGCAGGGAGAAUUGCACUCCUUCCCACCCUGAAGGACGUCCUCCGGUCACCUUCUCUCAUCUUUCGACCACAAGCUCUUUCCCGAACGUUCAUGGCCUACGUCUGGGCCAACGGGUUCGGGAAUGAUACUGACGCGGGUGGAAGGCCAGUCAAGGAACACCUCAUCACUCCGAAUGCUUAUGGAGUUGUGUUGGAUCUUGGCGCGGGUCAUGGACACACCGUCCGGUACCUUGACCGAGAACGAGUGACCAAAUACGUCGCUCUUGAACCCAACGUCCUCAUGCACCCCAAGAUCCGCGAAUCCGCACACGCCGCCUCUUUCCAUGAAUCCGACGGGACACUCGUGAUCCUCUCGUGCGGCGCAGAAGACGCCACCGAAAUCCUCACCAAACUAUCUGGGUCCCCGGUAAACACUAUCAUCUCCGUCCUCACGAUUUGCUCCAUCCCCAACCCCGAAAAAACGAUCCACGAUCUCGUCCGUGACGUCCUCGCACCAGGGGGACAGCUACUCUUCUACGAGCACGUCCUAAGCCACCGACCCGACGUUGCGUGGUGGCAGCAAUUCUGGACACCCAUCUGGCAGCGGGGUUUCGAUGGGUGCAAGUUGGACCGGCCGUCGCAUCUAUAUGUUCGAGAUUUGAAGAUUGCUUAUGGGCAGGAGGAGGAGGAGCCAUGGAAGGAAGGGGAACUUUGGGGAAAGCCAGAGGAACCAGAAGAACACUUGUUUUGGCAUCAGGUUGGGAGAUUCGUGAAGAAAUAA